AGAGAGAGAAACAGAAGUGAAGUGGAUUCCGUGGCGGAGCUUCUCUCCCUGCAGCUACAGUACCUGUCCUGUUCCCAGUCUGUAUCUCUCUCUCCUUCCUUCCUUUAGAGGGUAGCCAACCGGCAAACUCUCUCACACUUCACCAGAGUCAGUCAAUUCCCCCAUACUACUGCAGCCAGGCAGUGGUCUCUUUUGGAGACUGCCCCUACUUAUACCUCUACAGUAUCACACUGCAAUUGAUCAUCCUUAUAUGCUGUUGAGAUACCUGAUCCAACCAGCGAGUUGUAGUACCCUGAGUUUUUUUUGAACUGACCAGGAAAACCCCACAACAUUCCCAAGCCAUUUCAUUUAUCACUCUUAAACUGUAUCUAUUAGCUUCAACUGUGAACAUUCAAAUUAUUUAAAGCCUCCGUAAUCCUUCCAGCAGUCCUUGUCGUGCAAAGCAACAUUAUGUUGCUGCUUGAUAACCCAGACAUUGUCAUGAGAGACAUUGCCAGCUCUAGGCAUAAGCGACAUAAGCAGUUGCUUAGGGCCCCCGGCCGAUAUGGGGCCCCUGACCCACAGUCACUCAAUUAGCCCAUGUCAGCUAACAUUUUCUGGAUUGGUAAAUUAGUCUAGCCAGCUAUCUAAACUUGUAGUAAUCAUGGUCGAAUUAUCAACCGGGCACGAAGGGCACGUGCCCAGGGGCCCUGACCUCCAGUGGGCCCCCAUUGAUUUUGUUAGUCACUUUUACUCAGAUAUCAUAUUAACAUGGCAUGAGUCAUUGCAAAAUGUGUAUAAUUGCAGGAAAUUAACAGUAACCGCACAUUUGUCUCUCCGCCCCAUGGCAAAAUGUGUAGAAUUGCAGCAAACUUGCUUUAAAACUUAAACAUUUUCUCUGCACCCCAUCAAAAGGGGGGCCACUAAAAUGUUUUGCCUGCGAGCUGGGGGGGCCCCCCAACAAAAUGACGCUUACGGCCCCCAAAAGGCUAGGGCUGGCCCUGAUGAGAGAAUAUGAAGGUGUUGUUUAAUCUGAAAAUCUCUCUCCAUCUCUACAUGCAGUGUUCGUUGUCUUGCACUGUGUCUAUGGCUAUCAGGUCGCACCACCUGUCCCUCUCUGUUGGAGCGUCUGAAACACAGUGGAGAGAAGGGAUGAUGAAUGAUGAGAUAAGCCACGUUGUCGCACCAGGCACUCUGAUGGAGGAGAUGAAAACCCAACAGUGUCUCACAGGGCUGACCUAUUUUCUCUCUCUCUCUCUCUCUCUCUCUCUCUCGCUCUCUCUCUCUCUCUCUCUCUCUCUCUCUCUCUCUCUCUCUCUCUCUCGCUCUCUCUCUCUCUCUCUCUCUCUCUCUCUCUCAGGGACAACAACUUCAUCAAGGACUUCCCCCAGCUAGCAGAUGGACUGAUGGUUAUACCGUUACCUGUGGAGGAGCAGUGUAGAGGAGUGCUGUCUGAGCCACUGUCCAAUGUACAGCUCCUCACAGGUGUGUGUUUGUGUGUGUGUGUGCACAUGUGCUAGCCUGCCUCAUCCAUCUUUGUAUACUCAUACCAGUGUGUACAGAAAAUAUCCUGUAUGUAACCUAUAUUUCAUAAUCAAAUAUCCAUAUUUAUUCUCAUAUGUUCCUUCCAAAGAAUGUAUAAGUAUCUACUUUGUCCAGGAUUUACAGUAUUUUCCAAUUACGGCUGAAUUUCCUGUAAGCUCAAUACUUAGAAAUCCUGCAGCAUUCUCUGCUCAGUAAAUCCAUAGAAGUGACAUCAGAGUGCAGGGUCAGCUAGAAUGACACUGCUCCCUGUGCACUGUAUUGUGCUAUUGUUCCUGACAUCCCUACGUCUCUGCAGUAGGCACACACACACACAUACACACAUGCAUAUGAACAUACACACACCUCUCCAGGCCCUCUAAAGGCUGACACCUGCACCUUCUUCACCCUAUGUUCCCUUCCUAUGUCCCCUGUGGGGGCCGAGACUACUCUGUCAGUUGGCUUGAUACCGCACCUCAGGACUACUCCCUAAUCCGUCCAUUAGCUGAAUUGGCUGCAGCACUUUGCUCUCCGUUGGCCUGUGACUAGUUCCCAGGAGUGUCUGCUACUCCUCUCCAAACACCACUGGGAAUAAAUAAGUGCUUUAGGUUUAAGGGAGGAUUUAGUUGUUGUUGUUCUCUUCGCUCCUGUGUUCUAAUGGCCCUGUGUUGUGCCAGACUCAUAUGAAAGUUUGGUAAUGCAAUUACGGAGGCAAGAUUGCUCUUGCCUUAAUGCUGGAAAUUCAAUUGGAGCUAUUGCGGCCGUCCGCCAGUGAUUGCACACUGGGUGGGAACUUUCGUACUAAGACAAAUGGUGUUGUUGAAAACAACAGAAUGUACACUGUACACGGACAGUGUUUGUGUGAGAGAGACAAAGCUAGCUAAUACACUUCAGGCAGUUACAAAUGUGCUUGUAUAACUCAAACUUCGACACAAAUGAUCCAUAGCUUUCAAUGCAUGAUUAAUGUGAAAUGUUGAGUUAUUUACUCAAAUCUUAUGAAAAAAUGUGGGCCUACUGAUAUUGUGGAAGUUAUUCAUAACUAUGUUUAUGUGUGUAUGUCCAUUGCAGGUGAUGCCAAGUUCAAUGAGGCUAUGGGCUACCCCAUGGUUCAGCAGUGGAGAGUGAGGAGCAACCUGUACAAAGUCAAGCUCAGUGCCAUCACCUUGUCUACAGGUAUGGAGCAGACCUGGGUUCAAAUACUAUUUCAAAUAUCUUUCACAUACAUUUCGAAGUAAGUAUUUAGAUAUUUUUUAUUUGAAAGGACAAGUAGUUGAAUGUUGGAAUGUAUUUGGAAAUACACUUGGAAAGUAUUGGUAUGUACUGUAUUUGAAAGUACUCAAAUACACUGACUCAAAUAUAUGCCAUUUAGUAGACGCUUUUAUCCAAAGCGACUUAGUCAUGCAUGCAUACAUGUGUGCAUACAUACAUCAAAUACACUCCCAUGCAUUUAACCCAAGUAUUUGAAAAUAAUAUUUGAAAUAAGUAGGCUAUUUAUAGGAAAUUAUUUUAAAAUACUUUCAAAUAGAAGUAGUUGAUUCAGGCCACAUUAUUUGAAAAUACUUAAGUACACAGAAAAUAAGUAUUUACAGUGCCUUCAGAAUGUAUUCAUACCCCUUGACUUAUUCCACAUUUUGUUGUGUUACAGCCUGAAUUCAAAGUGGAUUAAAUACUUUUUUUUUUCACCCAUCUACAGACAAUACCCCAUAAUGACAAAGUGAAAACAUGUUUUUAAAAAUGUUUGCAAAUUUAUUGAAAAUGAAAUACAGAAAUAUCUACAUAAGUAUUCACACCCCUGAGUCAAUACAUGUUAGAAUCACCUUUGGCAGCGAUUACAGCUGUGAAUCUUUCUGGGUAAGUCUCUAAGAGCUUUGCACACCUGGAUUGUAAAAUGUUUGCAAAUAAUGAUUUAAAAAAAUUAUUCAAGCUCUGUCAAGUUGGUUGUUGAUCAUUGCUAGACAGCCAUUUUCAAGUCUUGCCAUAGAUUUUCAAGCCGAUUUAAGUCAGAACUGUAACUAGGCCACUCAGGAACAUUCAAUGUUGUCUUGGUAAGCAACGCUGGUGUAUAUUUGGCCUUGUGUUUUAGGUUAUUGUCCUGCUGAAAGGUGAAUUUGUCUCCCAGUGUCUGUUAGAAAGCAGACUGAACCAGGUUUUCCUCUAGGAUUUUGCCUGUGCUUAGUUCUAUUCCGUUUCUUUUUAUCCAGAAAAACUCCCCAGUCCUUGUCGAUGACAAGCAUACCCAUAAAAUCAUGCUUGAAAAUAUGGAACGUGGUACUCAGUGAUGUGUUGUUAGAUUUGCCCCAAACAUAACUAUUUGUAUUCAGGACAUAAAGUUAAUUACUUUGCCACAUUUGUAGCAGUUUUACUUUAGUGCCUUAUUGCAAACAGGAUGCAUGUUUUGGAAUAUGUUUUUUUCUGUACAGGCUUCCUUCUUUUCACUCUGUCAUUUAGGUUACUAUUAUGGAGUAACUACAAUGUUGUUGAGCCAUCCUAAAUGUUCUCCUAUCACAACCAAUAAACUCUGUAACUGUUUUAAAGUCACCAUUGGCCUCAUUGUGAAAUCCCUGAGUGGUUUCGUUCCUCUCUGGCAACUGAGUUAGGAAAGAAGCCUGUAUCUUUGUAGUGACUGGGUGUAUUGAUACACCAUCCAAAGUGUAAUUAAUAACUUCACCAUGCUCAAAUGGAUAUUCAAUGUCUGCUUUUUAAAUGUUUUACCCAUCUACCAAUAGGUGCCCUUCUUUGCGAGGCACUGGAAAACCUCCCUGGUAUUUGUGGUUGAAUCUGUGUUUGAAAGUAACUGUUCAACUGAGGGACCUUACAGAUACAGUGCCUUGCAAAAGUAUUCAUCCCCCUUGGCGUUUUUCCUAUUUUGUUGCAUUACAACCUGUAAUUUAAAAUGGAUUUUUAUUUGGAUUUCAUGUAAAUGACAUACACAAAAUAGUUCAAAUUGGUGAAGUGAAAUGAAAAAAAUAACUUGUUUCAAAAAAGUCUCAAAAAUGAAUAACGGAAAAGUGGUGCGUGCAUAUGUAUUCACCCACUUUGCUAUGAAGCCCCUAAAUAAGAUCUGGUGCAACCAAUUACCUUCAGAAGUCACAUAAUUAGUUAAAGUCCACCUGUGUGAAAUCUAAGUGUCACAUGAUCUGCCACAUGAUCUCAGUAUAUAGACUGAUCAUUUCUUUGUCAGUGGGCAAACGUAUAAAAUCAGCAGGGGAUCAAAAACUUUUUUUUCCCCUCACUAUAUAUAUAUAGUGAGGGGAAAAAAAAGUAUUUGAUCCCCUGCUGAUUUUGUACGUUUGCCCACUGACAAAGAAAUGAUCAGUCUAUAAUUUUAAUGGUAGGUUUAUAUGAACAGUGAGAGACAGGAUAACAACAACAAAAUCCAGAAAAACGCAUGUAAAAAAUGUUAUAAAUUGAUUUGCAUUUUAAUGAGGGAAAUAAGUAUUUGACCCCCUCUCAAUCAGAAAGAUGUCUGGCUCCCAGGUGUCUUUUAUACAGGUAACAAGCUGUGUGUUCACAGAAGCAAUCAAUCAAAUAGAUUCCAAACUCUCCACCAUGGCCAAGACCAAAGAGCUCUCCAAGGAUGUCAGGGACAAGAUUGUAGACCUACACAAGGCUGGAAUGGGCUACAAGACCAUCGCCAAGCAGCUUGGUGAGAAGGUGACAACAGUUGGUGUGAUUAUUCGCAAAUGGAAGAAACACAAAAUAACUGUCAAUCUCCCUCGGCCUGGGGCUCCAUGCAAGAUCUCACCUCGUGGAGUUGCAAUGAUCAUGAGAACGGUGAGGAAUCAGCCCAGAACUACACGGGAGGAUCUUGUCAAUGAUCUCAAGGCAGCUGGGACCAUAGUCACCAAGAAAACAAUUGGUAACACACUACGCCGUGAAGGACUGAAAUCCUGCAGCGCCCGCAAGGUCCCCCUGCUCAAGAAAGCACAUAUACAGGCCCGUCUGAAGUUUGCCAAUGAACAUCUGAAUGAUUCACAGGAGAACUGGGUGAAAGUGUUGUGGUCAGAUGAGACCAAAAUCGAGCUCUUUGUCAUCAACUCAACUCGCCGUGUUUGGAGGAGGAGGAAUGCUGCCUAUGACCCCAAGAACACCAUCCCCACCGUCAAACAUGGAGGUGGAAACAUUAUGCUUUGGGGGUGUUUUUCUGCUAAGGGGACAGGACAACUUCACCGCAUCAAAGGAACGAUGGACGGGCCAUGUACCGUCAAAUCUUGGGUGAGAACCUCCUUCCCUCAGCCAGGGCAUUGAAAAUGGGUCGUGGAUGGGUAUUCCAGCAUGACAAUGACCCAAAACACACGGCCAAAGCAACAAAGGAGUGGCUCAAGAAGAAGCACAUUAAGGUCCUGGAGUGGCCUAGCCAGUCUCCAGACCUUAAUCCCAUAGAACAUCUGUGGAGGGAGCUGAAGGUUCGAGUUGCCAAACGUCAACCUCGAAACCUUAAUGACUUGGAGAAGAUCUGCAAAGAGAAGUGGGACAAAAUCCCUCCUGAGAUGUGUGCAAACCUGGUGGCCAACUACAAGAAACGUCUGACCUCUGUGAUUGCAAACAAGGGUUUUGCCAUCAAGUACUAAGUCAUGUUAUGCAGAGGGGUCAAAUACUUAUUUCCCUCAUUAAAAUACAUUUUUUACAUGCGUUUCUUCUGGAUUUAUUUGUUGUUAUUCUGUCUCUCACUGUUCAAAUAAACCUACCAUUAAAAUUAUAUACUGAUCAUGUCUUUGUCAGUGGGCAAACGUACAAAAUCAGCAGGGGAUCAACAUUUUUUUUCCCUCACUGUAUAUAUAUAUAUAUACACACACACACACACACACACACACACACACACACACACACACACACACACACACACCUGUUCUGAAAGGCCCCAGAGUCUGCAAACACCACUAAAGCAAGUGGCACCACCAAGCAAGCAGCACCUCGAAGACCAAGGAGCUCUCCAAACAGGUCAGGGACAAAGUUGUGGAGAAGUACAGAUCAGGGUUGGGUUAUAAAAAAAUUCAGAAACUUUUAACAUCCCAAGGAGCACCAUUAAAACCAUUAUUAAAAAAUGGAAAGAAUAUGGCACCACAACAAACCUGCCAAGAGAGGGCCGCCCACCAAAACUCACGGACCAGGCAAGGAGGGCAUUAAUCAGAGAGGCAACAAAGAGACCAAAGAUAACCCUGAAGGAGCUGCAAAGCUCCACAGCGGAGAUUGGAGUAUCUGUCCAUAGGACCACUUUAAGCCGUACACUCCACAGAGCUGGGCUUUACGGCAGAGUGGCCAGAAAAAAGCCAUUGCUUAAAGAAAAAAAUGAGCAAACACGUUUGGUGUUCGCCAAAAGCCAUGUGGGAGACUCCCCAAACAUAUGGAAGGUACUAAAAUUGAGCUUUUUGGCCAUCAAGGAAAACGCUAUGUCUGACGCAAACCCAACACCUCUCAUCACCCCGAGAACACCAUCCUCACAGUGAAGCAUUGUGGUGGCAGCAUCAUACUGUGGGGAUGUUUUUCAUCGGCAGGGACUGGGAAACUGGUCAGAAUUGAAGGAAUGAUGGAUGGCGCUAAAUACAGGGAAAUUAUUUUCAGUCUUCCAGAGAUUUGAGACUGGGACAGAGGUUCACCUUCCAGCAGGACAAUGACCCUGAGCAUACUGCUAAAGCAACACUUGAGUGGUUUAAGGGGAAACAUUUAAAUGUCUUGGAAUGGCCUAGUCAAAGCCCAGACCUCAAUCCAAUUGAAAAUCUGUGGUAUGACUUAAAGAUUGCUGUACACCAGCAGAACCCAUCCAACUUGAAGGAGCUGGAGCAGUUUUGCCUUGAAGAAUGGACAAAAAUCCCAGUGGCUAGAUGUGCCAAGCUUAUAGAGACAUACCCCAAUAGACUUGCAGCUGUAAUUGCUGCAAAAGGUGGCUCUACAAAAUAUUUGCUUUGGGGGGGGGGGGGGCAUGUUGUGUAAAUCAAAUGAUACAAACCCCCAAAAAAUCAAUUUCAAUUCCAGGUUGUAAGGCAACAAAAUAGGAGAGAUGCCAAGGGGGUGAAUACUUUCGCAAGACACUGUAAUUGUGUGGGGGGUACAGAGAUGAGGUAGUCAUUCAAAAAUCAUGUUAAACACUAUUAUUGCAACUUAUUAUGUGACUUGUUAAGCAAAUGUUUACUCCUGAACUUAUUUAGGGUUGCCAUAACAAAGGGGUUGAAAACUUAGACUCAAGACAUUCCAGCUUUUCAUUUCUUAUUAAUUUGUAAAAAUUUAGAAAAACAUAAUUCCACUUUGACAUUAUGGGGUAUUGUGUGUAGGCCAGUGACCCAAAAUGUCCAUUUAAUUCAUUUUCAAUUCAGGCUGCAAUACAACAAAAUCUGGAAAAAAUCUAAGGGUGUGAAUACUUUCUGAAGGUACCGUAAAUAACAAAUAAUCAAAUACACAUGUAUUUGAACCCAGGUCUGGUAUGGAGUGUCAAUUUACUGUCAUGUUUCCUGGUGAGCCUAUUUCACUAGUUUACUACUACUACACUAUAUCAUAUUGUACUGAAAACUCAGAGGGAAAACACAUACAGGAUAGCAUUUACCGCAGUUACAAAGCCCCUUUUUUGCUUCAGCUAUAACUACAAUUCCAUGUGUUCCACAUUAUUUCCCCUCCACACUUUCCUGGUUGUCAGGCUUCUCCAAGGUUCUGAAGACACUGACUGCAGAGAGCACCAGAGAGGAGCUGCUGUCCUUCAUCCAGCAAUACGGCAACCAUUACGUGUCUGAGGCCCUUUACGGCUCCGAGCUCAGCUGCACCAUCUACUUCCCCAGCAAGAAGGCCCAGCAGCAGCUCUGGCUGCAGUACCAGAAAGGUGAGCAGGAAACUACAUAUGAUGCAGGUGUC